CUGCAGUGCUUAACUCCAAAUUUUCUCCCCUGUCACUUGGCAGAAAGUCCACACGCCUCAGCUUCUGAGAAGGGUUCUGGAUCUCGAUCUCGCAGUCCGGGCAACAACACUUCGGUAACAUAGCAAUCAGCCAGUGAUCAUGAAGAGGAAACUGGACAAGAACGGCGAGCCCUCUGAAGUGGCAGAGUCUGAAAAGGAACCCAACCGAGCAGAAAAGAACCAAGUAGCGACGCAACAACCAAACGCAGAACCGUCCUUUGCAGACCUCGGUCUCGAUCCGCGCCUUGUGCAGGCCGUCGCCAAACAGAGUUUUGAGAAGCCAACCCUCGUCCAACGAAGGGCCAUCCCGCUGGCCCUACAAGGUCAGGAUGUGCUAUGCAAGGCGAAGACGGGCUCUGGGAAGACGGCUGCCUAUGUUCUCCCAAUGCUAUCAGGCAUCUUGAAGCGCAAGAAUACGGAUCCUACACCAUAUACGGCUGGUCUUAUUCUCGUUCCGACACGCGAGCUCGCCGACCAAGUCUUCAAAGCCAUCGAACAGUUCUCCGCCUUUUGCGCAAAGGAUAUCCAGGCCGCAAAACUGACCGAAAACGUUUCGGAUGCGGUCCAGCGCUCCCUCUUGGCCAACGUCCCUGACAUCGUUGUCUCUACGCCGGCUCGCGCAUGGAACAGCAUCAAUUCGUCGGCGCUCUCGCUCGGCAAGCUGCAGUACCUGGUCUUGGACGAGGCUGAUCUAGUGCUGUCGUACGGUUACGAUGAGGAUAUGGAAAACAUUUCGCGAUCACUACCAAAAGGCGUACAGACCAUCAUGAUGAGCGCGACCCUAUCGGCCGAAUUGGAUACGCUAAAGGGAAUCUUCUGCCGGAAUCCAACAAUGCUGGAUCUAAAGGAAGAGUUUGGGGCCGAAGACGAGAAGCUUACUCAGUUUUACGUCAAGUGCGGCGAGGAUGACAAGUGGUUGAUUUCAUACCUCAUUUUCAAGCUGCAACUGAUUAAGGGGCCUUGCCUUAUCUUUGUGGCCGACAUUGAUCGGUCGUAUAGGCUGAAGCUAUUCUUUGAACAAUUCAGCAUCAGGAGUUGUGUUCUAAACUCGGAACUACCAAUCAACACCCGGAUCAAGAUCAUCGAGGAGUUCAACCGCGGCAUCUACGACAUUAUCAUCGCGUCCGACGAAAAGAGCGAAGUAUUUGGAGACGAAGCGGCUGGCGAGGAAGAAGCAAAGAAGGGGAGCAAGAAGGAAUCCAACUCUAAGCAGAAGGACAAAGAGAGCGAGCAGCCGAAGAAGAAGAGGAAACACAAGAAGGACGAGGAAUACGGAGUGUCUCGAGGCAUUGACUUCAAAAAUGUUGCGGCAGUAAUAAACUUUGACCUCCCUACAUCCUCUUCCUCCUACACCCACCGGAUAGGGCGCACUGCCAGAGCCGGGCGAGCUGGCAUCGCCCUUUCCUUCGUUGUGCCCAAGGAACUCUAUGGCAAACACAAGCCAACAUCGAUAAAGAGCUGCGAAAAAGAUGAAAAGAUCUUGGCCAGAAUCAUGAGGCAUCAAGCCAAGCUAAAUAGGAAACUGGAGCCCUACAACUUCAGCAAAACCCAAAUGGAAGCGUUCAGGUACCGCAUGAAUGACGCCCUUCGUGCUGUUACCAAAGUAGCCAUUCGGGAAGCCAGGACAAGGGAACUGAGGCAAGAGCUGCUAAGAAGUGAAACAUUGAAACGGUAUUUUGAGGAGAACCCGGCAGAGCUCUCGCACUUGAGGCACGAUGGUGAGCUUGGCAGGACAACAAGACAGCAGCCUCACCUCAAGCAUGUGCCCGAUUACUUGCUUCCCAAAGACGGGAAAAAGGCGCUUACGCCCAACGUUGGUUUCGUCCCGUUCAAGAAGGAAGGUGGCAAGGAUAGGAGACGUAAGAAGGGCAAGCCCAAAGGGCGGUCGUUCAAAGUUGGCGGGAAAAAGGACCCGCUGAAGACAUUCAAGGUCCGGCGGAAGGCGAAGUGAAGGGAAGUCUUUUAGCAGCCGGCUACUCCAUCGUGUAAUGCAUGCCCAUGCUUCCUAGAGGACUGAUACCCCCCUUGCUUAAUGCUUCUGCCCCCAGUGUAUGUCAUGUAGAGACAGUGCCAGCGAGAUAUCACAGUUCUCUGCUCCCGGGAAAUGAAUGGUGCGAACCAUGAAUAUCCCAAUCUGAUACCAGCAAUGGCAGCAAGAUGAGCUGAAUCUACCUUCUGUCGUCCGG